UAUGUACACCACGUCAGAAAGCCAACGACACCCUUGUCAGUUCGAACCAAUUUGCGGCGCAGAAUCGUAUUACCAGGAGGGCAACGACGAAAACGAAAACAUGAAAUACGCAGCUUUAAAUACCAGUUCCGUGACGAACAGUACCAUUUAUGUGGAAAACACGGACGAGAAUUUGGAAAAUCAUCAUGUUUAUCCGUCGUGUGCGUACAGUGGUCAGGAACAAACUUACUUUUACCAAGAAACGAACACUUACCCCGCCAUCUCAUCCGAAGAAGACUACGGUAGUCAAGGGUUUUACCCUGAUGAUUCGACCAUGCAUGAGUGUGCCACCGAUGUCGAAGUUGAAAAACGCGGCCAACGCCGGAGACGGAUCGCCACCGCAAAUCCCUACGUCGUCCAACGACAUGCGGCUAAUAUCAGAGAACGGAAACGUAUGAUGAGCAUAAAUUCAGCGUUUGAAGAACUAAGGUGUCAUGUGCCCACCUUUCCGUACGAGAAAAGACUGUCAAAAAUCGACACCCUUCGCUUAGCAAUCGCCUACAUCGCCCUACUCCGUGAGAUUCUUCUGUCUGGGUGUCCGCCCAUGGUGUAUGUUGAAAGGUGUAUGAAGUCUGGAUUCAAAGACGGAAAGUCACCGAUUUGGAACACAAGCGAUUUAACAGCUCGACUUUCCUGGAUAAAGUGGGACUGACUAGGCGUGAAAGAUUCUACAAACUGUCAAUGAAG